CACAGUUGUUGGUUAUAUGACAUGGAUCUACUUGUAAGGUAUUCAUUAUCGCUUUGGAUUUAAUAACAGCAGAGGCAGCAAUAAAAUAUGGCUUCUACAAAUAAAGACUUAACUGAAUGUGUUGAAACAGACAACGCAAGUCUUCUCUAUAUUAGAGAAGAUGAAACGCGCGAGUCAGUGAGAAACAUUGCUUGCUUUGAAAAAACAUAUAAAGUGUGUUUUCCGCCGGAAAGGUCUCAAGUGCAGUCUACAUUAAAUUGUAUCAGUAGCCAAAAUCAAGGUUUCGAGCUUUAUCAAUGUUCUCAAAAUCUUAAUGACCAAGGUUCUGGGUCAGAUUCUGCUGAAGAAGAACAUAACCCUUAUGGCUCCCCAGAAGCAAUUGCUCCGUCAGGAAAACCAAAGGCAAAAAAUUCUAUUCGACGAAGACCUGACUGUGAUUACAAUGCGAUGGCAGCAUACACUGGACAAAAACGACCUGUUAUUAUGGCAAACGAGAAUAUAAGACAGCAGGGAAGUGGACCAUAUGUAAACGAAGAAACAUGCAUUGAAGGAACUCUUGCCUUAUCCGGAUCCUCUAUACAAAAGUCAUCAAUCCGUGGUGAAGAUAAGUUUGAGGAUGUUAAUAUGCGUCUAGCAACCUUCUUUGAUAAACGGGUAGAUUGGCCACAUACAAAUCCAACUGCUGAAAUGAUGGCCAGUGCAGGUCUCAUUUUCAAAGGUGUAUAUACUGUGAACGGAACGACAGUUAAUGAUAUGGUUGAAUGCUACAAAUGUGGAGGGAGGCUUUAUGGAUUUACAGAAGCGGAUGACCCCGCAGAGGAACACAGAACACAUUAUCCAAGUUGUAAAUGAAGAAGGUCUGUCGCUCAAUUAACAGGAAAUAUAAGUUAAAGAUAAAAUAACAUUAGCCUAAAAAGUCAUCUAAAUAACUUGAAAAGUCAUAUUCAUGUGGGAAGUACAGAGUGGAAUGUUAUAAAUCUCCAUAAGUAAAUGUAUUAAAAUCAAACGCUGUGAAAAAAAGAAGUGCUAAAGCAGAUGAAAAUCACUAUCGUUGUUUUCAUGAAGAUGUAAUUACAUAUCAGCAAUCAAACACUCACAAGUAUGAUAUUAUGAGCUAAAAUAUCUGCAAACUAUGAUUACACCUCUAUGAUAAAAUAAUACAGUUUUAACAGAAUGUUUACAAUGCAUUUUUCGUCAUACAAAAAAAUAAUUUGUUUGAAAUGUACUGUUUAGAUGCAAGGUCAUAUCUUUUAAUUCUUAACCAAGUUUCGUUUCCAUUUUUUUUCUUCAGAUUUUCCAAAACCUUUAUUUUUAGCCAAUUACAUUGUAAAAUCUAAUUAGCUAUUGUCAUGUUUAUUGUUUAUUUAAACAUAAUCCAAAUUCGGUAAUUUGGAAGCAGCACUAUUCUUUGUAUUAAUGUAAUUAUGUAGAUGAGACAAACUAUAUAACUCCACCGACGAAAUUAUAUUUCACCUGGUGUAUUCAUUUUACAUGACACAUGAGAUAUUUGGUAUCCCGCUGGUUCAAAAAGAAAUUAGUCCAACAGGGUAGGUGUGAAAAUGUGAUCUGUUUAAAUUAACUUUUGUAUAUUUCGUCAAUAUUCUAUCAUCAUUUUUUUCUGUUGAUUGUGUUUGAAAAUGUUUAUAACAUGACAGUCUCAAAAGUUAUGAUUGUGGGAAAUUCUUCACCAGUCAUUUGUCUUUGAGAAAUGACACUCUUGUAGAAGUCGAUUUUGUUAUGAUAGAGAAAUAAGUUGAAACAUAACCUUGAGUGAAUUCGAUUUUAACUUUCUACUUUAGUUUCGGUGUUUAACCGGCCAUUUUUGAUUAACGCUAUACAGCAGUGUUCAUUGCAUAGAGCGGCGUGUUCGUCGCAAAGAAAAACAUAAAACUUGCAUAGAAAUGUUCUACGCAUCUUUUUAUCGGUCAAAUGAAUUUAUAACUAUAUGGGACACUUGCGAUUAGUACAGAGAAAAGAAAGGAAUAUCACGAUAAAGGCAAAUGUUGCAUUAAAUGGUUAAGAAUGUGAAAUAAUUUCCAUAAAGUUAACAUGACAGAUGCCUGAUCAAACAGCGGAUGUGUUUGAAAAUUUAUUUAAAAUGAUUUUUUAUGCAAAAUUGAAAAUUGAAUAUGGUAGAAUUGUACGUAUGUUCAACUUAACUGGUUCAUCUGGAAACGGUAAAGAAAUCGCAAACAAGCAAUCGAACAGAUGUUCUUGACUAAGUGAACUUUACAAAAUUGAGCGUUGUUUUUUUGCGCGUGAAUACUAGCACUUGCUUAUUGUUCCAGAUCCCACAUUUUUCAGUUAAAGUUUGUAAGUCAUAAAAUACCAUAACCAUAAUCUGUUCUUCAGCUGCAGUAAGAGAAUAUGUUACUAAAAGUAAAAAUAAUUCCACGUACUAAAUCAUAAAUGAGAACCAUCUGUACGUAAAUAUAAAUAAGAGUUCAAUAGAAAUGCGGAUAUUAAGUAAAAAUACAAUUUAUCACAUAUUUAACAUUCAGAAUAAACACGCUUAAAGGCCAAGUAUCAAAGUCGGCAGAUGGUUGUCUUUUCAAUUAAGAAGGUCGUGUUCACAUCGGCGUGACUUACAUGCGUUAGUCGUGUGCCGUUAACCAAUAGACUCGAAUAAUUUGUAAAAAGUGGCAAAGUAUACGUACACUCGCUUAACUACCAUAAUCGUUUUAUAUGUUUUAUAUUUUUCAAAAGAGAAUCUUUGGUUAAUACAUUUUAUGGCAACUGAUUACUGUGCAUGGCAUACAAAAGAUCAUUCUCUUGAUGUAUUUUCAUUUUUUAAUUAGCAAAUCAAAUUCUGAAUUAAUAUGCUGCUAAAUUUGUAUUGUUAUUUAAUUAUCAAAUUAAAACAUAGUUGACCAUUCGAACAGUAGCUGUUGCUCAUAUCACAUAAUAUUUACUGGAAAAUAGAAUUCAAAUUAGACUUUUUAAAACUAUUUUGAUAUAAUAUUUAUUAUAAAAUUAAAAUCCAAUGUGUUUCAUUUAUAAUAAAUGCUAUAACAUAUUCAAAUUUAGAAAUUCAUAGCAAUGGCUGUGGCGACAUCGAGAGUGAGAUUUAUAAUUAUAACUGUUUUACAUGUAUAACAAUUUCAUAUUUAUUUGGUAAGAUAAAUUAGCAAAGACGUAUUAUGUUCAGUGAUUUCCCCAGGCAUUGUACAUGUAUGUCACUUAGCUAUAGCUGGCGGGGUAAUACGGCAUCCUAUAAAAAUAAUAACAUGUUAAAAAGGAACCCAACUAGCUUUUUAAAAGCAAUAUGUUUUAUCGUUUUUUGGUAAAGAGUGUAACUAGACGUCAUAACCGUUAGGAAUCACGGUCAAUUUCCCAUACGUAAGCAUAUC